AUGCCGGCGAGUGGCAAGCUCUCGGCGAAGCCCUCCCCCUCGCCGACGGUCGCUCCCGCCUCGCGCCCCAAAUUCACAGCCGUUACCUUGCUCGGUGACAGUGACGACGACGACGACUUCCAACCUCCUCGCCCCCGCCCCUUGAAGCCUUGCAAUGGCGCCGCCGCACUUCGGCUCCGUAAGAAGCUCAAGGCUUCAUCCUCCUCCGGUUCCUCCGGGAAGGAGAACAGUUCCGCCGCCGGUGGUGCCGUUACCGCGGUGGGGAGCGCCUCGACGGCCGCGAAGGAUGCCGAAACCCUAGCCGCCGGCUCGAGGGUUAGUGGCGGCGUUCCCAAACCGAAGAAACGGAAGACAGGAGAAAUUUGCGGCCUCUCGAGGUACGGAUCUGAUAGGGCCAAACUAAGCUGUAAACCGAAGAUAGGAUUGGAUAGAUACGGAUAUGGCAAAGGGAGCUCCAGCUCCUUGCCCAAUUCGAUAGAAUCGAGGGUUUUGGCGCUCGGUGCGGUAUGUGAUUUGGGAGUUGGGCGUUGUGAGGAGGCUCAAGUAGCUGGCUCCCAGAAUUGUACCUCAGUUCUUCAAGAGGGGCACGCCACACCGGAGCUGGCUGGCUCUGAGUGUGGUCCUCCGAAAACGGAGAAGAAGCUGGGCAGUUCUGGAGCUGUAGAGGGACAUUACAACUCCAGGUUGAUUGAACCGGCGCUUGAAUCAGAUGCAAACCGCGAGUUUUUAAGUGCAGGUUCAUAUGAUUCAGAAGGGCUCGAUUCAGGGAUUCUUGGCUCACUGACUGAUAAACAGGACACGAAGAAAGCAAAUGGGGUGGCAUCUGAAUGUGGUUUUGGGCUUCAGAACGGGAGCUAUCACUUGGAUUCUCUACAGUCAGAGCUCCUAAUGUCGAACAUAAAGUAUGAUUCUAGAGUUUGUGCUAGCAAUGAAAUCCAAGAGCCUGGUUUGGGAGCCUGUAACUUGAUUUCACAAGAGAGGAAAGUAGCAGCAGGACAUUCUGCAUGUGCAACCCCUGAAAAUGUGACUAUGGAGAAUAAAUCAAGUGAACCUGAGGCUUGUAAGGGGCAGUGCCGCUCUAAUUCAUCUGAAUCAAAGCUUCUAGAAUCCCAUAUGAUCCAUGACUUUGAAGUUGAUGGUUGUGAUGAUUUUGAGAUUGGGACACAGCUCAGUGAGCUCAUUAACUUGUGUAUGAAGGAUUCCAUAGAGGGACAGUCAAACUUUAGUGCAUCUCCCAUGGAACAGAACACAUUAGACUCUAAGCGACUCAGUUCAGACUAUGAAGUGAAAUGCCCUCUCUGUGGAUCGGAUAUAUCUGAUUUAAGCGAGGAGCUCCGGCAGCUGCAUACUAACAAUUGUCUUGACGAACCAGCUAAGGAAUCUAGUCCCAACCAUAAAAAAGAGCCCUGUGCUGGACAAAAUGUUGAAAUUGGACAUGUUGUCGAAUGGUUAAGAAACCUUGGGUUAUCCAAGUAUGAGGAGGUUUUUAUCAGAGAAGAAGUUGACUGGGAAACCUUGCAGUGGCUCACUGAAGAGGAUCUGUUGGGUAUCGGGAUCACCUCUCUUGGACCAAGAAAGAAAAUUAUCCAUGCUCUAGGAGAGUUACGGAAGAAACAUGAUGAUCCCAGUGUAGUGGAAGAUGUGUUAAAUUCAGAAAAUACUAAGAAGACUAAAGUUCCGAUGAAUGGUAAUAAAUUAAUUACUGAAUACUUUCAAUGUUCCUCAUUUGAUCAAAGACAAAGAAGGGCAUGCAAAGUCAACAAGCCAUCUAAUCUGGACGAGAAGAAAAUUUCUAGUGCUAAAAUACCCACUAGAAGAAGUGCUGGUAAAGGAAAGGUUAAAGAUACACCUCUUUGGUGUUGCAUCCCAGGGACCCCUUUUCGAGUGGAUGCAUUUCGCUACUUGAGAGGCGAUUGUUCCCACUGGUUUCUCACACACUUCCAUGUGGAUCAUUAUCAAGGCUUGACUAGAAGCUUUUGUCAUGGGAAGAUAUACUGUUCGUCAAUUACGGCGAGUCUUGUGCAUCAUAAGAUUGGUAUCCCAUGGGAUAGAUUGCAUGUAUUGACCCUAAAUGAAAAGCACACUAUAGCUGGAGUUAGUUUGACAUGUUUUGAUGCCAACCAUUGCCCUGGAUCAAUCAUUAUUCUUUUUGAGCCUCCCAACGGUAAAGCUGUUUUGCACACUGGAGACUUCCGGUUUUCAUCCGAGAUGGCCAACAAUCCUGUUUUGCAGUCUUCUCAUAUCCACACUCUAAUACUUGACACAACCUAUUGCAAUCCACGGUAUGACUUCCCAAGUCAAGAGAUUGUAAUACAGUUCGUUAUUGAGGCCAUCCAAGCAGAAGCUUUCAAUCCAAAAACAUUGUUUUUGAUUGGUAGCUACACAAUUGGAAAAGAAAGACUGUUUAUGGAGGUUGCUCGUUUGCUUCAGAAGAAAAUAUAUGUUGGAGCUGCAAAGCUGCAAAUAUUGAAACAUUUAGAGCUUCCUCAGGAUAUUAUGCACUGGUUUACAGCCAAUGAAGCAGAAAGUCACAUACAUGUUGUCCCCAUGUGGACUCUAGCAAGCUUCAAGCGGAUGAAAUAUUUAUCAAAUCAAUAUGCUGGUCGGUUUGACCUCAUAGUGGCGUUUUGUCCUACUGGUUGGGCAUUUGGCAAAGGUAGGAAAAAGACACCAGGCAAAAGGUGGCAACAAGGAUCAAUCAUCAGAUACGAAGUGCCCUACAGUGAACACAGCAGUUUCACGGAACUGCAACAAUUUGUCAAGUUCAUAUCACCAGAGCACAUAAUCCCUAGUGUAAACAACGAUGGCCCUGAGAGUGCAGAUGCUAUGCUUGCCCAGCUGUUAAACGAUUAG